GUCAUUUUUCACGGAGCGCCCGGACCCAUUUCUCGGCGCGCCGCUCUCUCUUCCUUGUCAAAUCAUUGACUCAGACACCCGGUGUGGUCUCCUGCUAUUUCAGCUCAUCUGCUUCAAGGAAGCAGGAAGAUGGCACUACGUGCCUGUGGCUUUAUAGUAUUUCGCCGUCUAGCCGGCCGCAUCCCUCCACCAGGCAACAUCGAGUAUCUCCUCCUGCAGACAUCUUAUGGGGAACACCACUGGACCCCACCCAAAGGUCAUGUGGAUCCAGGUGAGGAUGACCUCACCACAGCUCUGAGAGAGACCAAGGAGGAGGCAGGGCUGGGGCCAGAGCAUCUGCAGGUGAUAGAAGGCUUUGUUCAUGCAUUACACUAUGAGGUGAGAGGCAGACCCAAAGAGGUGCUGUACUGGUUGGCUGAGCUGAAGGACCCAGGAACUGCAGUGACUUUGUCUGAUGAGCACUGGGACUACCGCUGGGCUCGGCUGGAAGAGGCCUGCGCUCUGGCCCGGUACAAAGACCUGCAGGACACUCUGAGAGCAGCACACAGGCACCUAGAGGUGCAUCAGGGCAAACGGUGAUGUGUCACAGUGCAGAUUAUUAUAAAGGAGAGGAUUAUAGAUGGGAAGUAACUUCCUGCUGGUAUGUGGGACCCUACCUUUUUCUGGAAGACCAUCUAUUGUGAAAACACUGCUUCUAAUUACUUUAACUGAAUGAGUAUGGCUUUCCCUGCCUCGCCUUUCUUUAAAUGCUUUGUCUCCAGAAUCUUAUCUAAGAGGUAGAUUUCCUUCUGGCCAAAAAAUCAGGGAGGAAAUAAAAUCAGCAGUUGAACACUUAUGACAGCACAAAAAUAUGACUGUCAUGUGUAAUGGUAUUAAAUAUAUAAAAUGAUAUGUUUUUGAAUGUAACUAAACUGUAACUCAUACUCAGAGCAGAAAGACAAGGUCAAGGAGAGUCCCACAUGAGUAAUCGAGAAUUUUAAGUGGAGAAUAUGUUUUAGACAAAAUAAAGUUUUCUCUUAUCUUUGAUACUUCCUUAGCUCUACAUCAUUUCUGAAUGGAUUUUGUUAAAGCAUGUAUUACAAAGAUGUGAUGGGAUAGUGGGCUAAAAAUAGAACAGUCAAAUGAAACAGUAAUGAUAAAAAUAAACUGUAAACAGUAGAUGCUGCCACAUGGUGGGGACAAACACUUUUUCUUUUUUUUAUAAAGCUGCACAUUUGGUAUCGCAGGCAUGAAACACUGGAUUACAGCAGCACACGUUACAGGAACUGUAAGUUCAGUCACAGCUGUAAAACAUUGUUUUUAUGGAAAUUGCUGCAAAUAUUGGAUACCAAUUUAUUAUGACGUAUAUCUGGAUGUAUUGGUCAUAGCUUGUACAUAAGAUACUGGCAGUGAUUCACAAUAAAUGUACUCAAAUAUGUCUUUUAAUAGUCUUAUUGGAGUUUUAUGUAUGUACAUGAUUGUGUAUGUAUGAGUGUGUGUUGAUAAUUGUCAUCAGUGGUAAACCGAAGACAAUUUUUCACUAAUGUGGACAAUAAAGUGAUUCUUGAUAUAAGGUAAAUAUAAGGGUAACCAUAUUUUUGAAUGAUCUACUAGCACAGGGAUCCAGACCAAAUCCAGGCCUCGAAGGCCGGUGGCCUGCAGGUUUUAGAUGUGUCCCUGAUCCAACACACCUGAAUCAAAUUGCUGAAUUACCUCCUCAGUAUGCAGUCAAGUUUUCCAGAGUCCUGCUAAUGACUUCUAUAUUUGACUCAGGUGUGUCAAAUAUGUCGAGGCCUGGAUUUGAGGAUCCCUGUACUAGCACAAUGUAAGGCAACGAUGUGCAAACAGAUCUUGUUAUAAGGAUGUGGCUGAUUUUACCAGGUUUCAUUUAUUUGUAUUGUCUGUCCUUUAAUAUGGUAAAGCUGUUUACUGCGAAAAGAUAAAAGCAAAGUCGUUUGAAACAGAACAGCAACAGCUUUCCAACAUUGGUAUUAUGACAAUAAGUUCUACUUUAAAGAUAAUAGCUUUAAAAAAAUAAAAACUGGAUGCAAUUAUAUUUUUUCCAAAGUGUGCGUUUUCUUAAAAGAAAAUGCGAGUAUUAAGUCAAAAAAACAUUCAUCCUCUUUGCUCUUCUGUAUAAGAGCAGUUACACAGUCUGCUCUGGAUUUCAUGCUGCAGGAAUAUUUUAUCAGCCUUUGCUGAAAGGAUAAAAUGAGUCUUUAAGAAAACAAAUGUGUGCCUUCAACUCAUAAAGCAGAAUGGGAGCACUUAUGGUUUUAAUUAACUGU